CGGUGGCAAUCAGACCAUAUUUGGUGCAACAAAUCACUCAGUCUGGUGCAAUCCAAUAGUGCAGUUACACUCUUUGUCCCUAGGGAAAUAUUCCAGAAUCUCAAAAGCAACAUGGCACAAAUUAUUGACGGCAAGGGGAUCUCCGCUGAGAUACGCCUAAAGCUGCACCAGGAAGUCAUAGAUUUUGUGAGCUCUGGGAAUCCCGUGCCCCAUUUGACGGCUGUGAUUGUGGGUGAGGAUCCAGCCAGCCAGACGUAUGUGAAGAACAAAAUUUUGGCCUGCAAGGAGGUCGGCAUUUCCAGUGAAACGAAGCUGCUGCCCGCCAGCACAACCCAAGAGGAGCUGCUGCAGCUGAUCGGGCAACUGAACCGGGAUGAUUGUGUGUCGGGUGUGCUUGUCCAGCUGCCGGUGCCGGAUCACAUUAAUGAGCGCACCAUCUGCAAUGCUGUGGCUCCCGAGAAGGAUGUGGAUGGCUUCAAUGAGAUCAAUAUGGGUCGCCUGGCCCUGGACAUGGAUGGAUUUGUGCCGGCCACACCGCUGGGCAUUAAGGCGCUCCUCGAGCACUGCAACAUCGCGACGCACGGCCGCAAUGCCGUUGUGGUGGGUCGCUCCAAAAAUGUCAGCCUGCCGUUGGCCAUUCUCAUGCAUUCGGAUGGCAAGAAUGCCACCAAGGCGCUGGAUGCCACGGUGACCAUCUGUCACAGAUAUACGCCGCCCAAGGAGCUGGCCAAGCACUGUCGUCAGGCGGACAUCAUUGUGGUGGCCGUUGGCAAGCCCGGUCUCAUUACCAAGGACAUGAUCAAGCCUGGGGCCUGUGUCAUCGACGUGGGAAUCAAUCGCAUCAAGGACGAGAAAACGGGCAAACACAAGCUGGUGGGCGAUGUGGACUUUGAGGAGGUACGCCAAGUGGCAGGACACAUUUCCCCAGUGCCCGGCGGAGUUGGACCCAUGACCGUCACCAUGCUGAUGCACAACACUCUCCAAGCGGCCAAGAAACAGGCGGCCAGCCGCCGGGUCUGAUGCACUCUCCCACAAAAGGAUCAGGCAGAUCCUCCAUGUCUAUGGCAUAGCACUUAGGUUCUGAAAUAGUAUUUUCUUAUUUAAUCAGCUAACAUUUUAUAGAUUAAUAGACUAACUGACAAGCCGCUCGCCUUCCUAUCUCAUUGGCGGUCGCCAAUUGGAGCCACAAUUACUUCUAUAUCGCAAAAUAUAAUCAGAGAUUAUAAAAAUA